CGACCAGAUGACAGAUAUUAUUGGUAAUGACUUUUCAACUGUGAAAGGAUAUUUUAUAAUUAAUUUAAAAAAGACAAAAAAACAGGAAAGUGAUACAGUUGCUGUAUGUAUGGAAGUGGUAUAUCUCCGAAGCAAACAAAUUGCAAUGUUAUUGUUUACGUAUCGGAUGUUCUGAUGUUCGCUGUGGUAUGUCAGUACAGAAAUGAGUUUGCGUGCAAUAUGGAUCGUUUUACCCAGCAAGGAUGCCGCUUCGCCGUUAUAUGUAAAAUAUUUUCCUACCGUGGAAGCUCGAAGUAAAUCUCAAUUGGGAAGUAAAUAUGUCCCGAUACCAGAUCCAGAAGACUUUGUAAAACUUCUGUUGCUACAAGUGGGGCUUGUUCAUGGAGAUUGUUUUGUCGAGUCAAGGGACGGCUGUGACAAACCAGCUUUGUAUCCGGCAUUUCACUUGGAAGUCGAGAAAGGCACCCUGUGGCCAGUUGUUGUACUAGAGGGCCGAGGCCUCAUGUUCUGUGCCUUGCCACUUGAAGCAGUAGACAUUAACACCUGCAAGUCUCUUGUGAACAUGUCAAGUGUUUCAACAGCUUUGGAAGUACUUCAUGGAUUAUCAUUGUGUACACCUGUAAAUGGGAUCAACCUAACCCCGGGUUCACUUGCACUAGCAGAAAUCAACAAAUAUAUUUCUGUUUCACUUCCAUUCGGACGUCCUGUGUGUUGUGAUCCAGUCAUUGCCUCCCAGCUUACAAUUCCAGCAUCAAAAAGCAAAAUAAAGGCUGCUUCCUUUCAGCAACCUCUGUGGAAUCCAGUUCCACACAAAGGAAAAUCCCAGGUGGUCUUCCAUGUUAGAGAAGAAGUUCGCUCCAUGCAGCAGUUUGGACAGUCAGAAGUGAAGGAUUCAACAGAUGUUUAUGGAGUAGUUACUUGCAAAGCUGAAGUGGAAGGCGUAGCACCAGAAGUAUCCAUUAUCAUGCAGCAGCCCCCAGGACAGACGCUGUCGAUAAGUUCAACGACGGGGAGUGUCGAAACUAAAGGCACAGUGACUCGCAUCCGCUUCAGGCCGUCAGACAAACAGCCGCUGUGCUGCUAUAUCGUGCACAGCAUCUGCGAGCCUCCCAUUAAAGGAGAUCUUGCUGUUAAGGUUAAUGAAAAUGUGGCAGCAGUGAGCCUGAAACUGCAGCUAAGCAGUGACAUGAGAAACGUUUUCCAACAACUUCAGGCAGUUAUACCUUUCCCUGGUUUAGCCAUCUUGAGAGUGAAACCAAACGCAUCACAGGGGAGCAUUACUAUCCGAGCAAAGAAUGAAAUUCUGUGGAAUAUAGGUUCAAAAUUUCCUUCUAAGCCUCCGGAAGUCAGUUUGGACUGCACAGUGCGGCUUCAGAAGGCAACUGACCAGCCGUCACAGCCCGAUUUGGCUUCCAGCACUACUAUGUGUGCAAUGCUGUACUUUAGAACUUCUGACUUCACAUACAGUGGAACGAAGAUUGACCCUCAAACCAUAAUGGUGACAACAGCACCAAAAGUUCGAUGCUCCGCAUCUUCAGAAUUUUUGUCUGGAACGUUUACCAUCUGGAACUCUGAGGGGGAAAUUCCUGUUAUCACCAAUCCUCCACUUGAAGAACUACAGUCUUGUUUGUCAGCACCCUGUGAAUAAUUUGAAAUGCUUUACCAGCAGAAUCAGCACUAAAUAUUUUGGACAUAAGACAAUCAAGAGUCUAAAUGUGUUCCUUAAUGUUUGAAGUCUUCUGUUCUGUCUAAAACAUUGUUUAAUUUAUCAGUGUGAUUGUACUUGUACAUGCAAGCACAAAUACACAAGAGAGACAUUGGUAUCGAAAAACAAUGAUAAACAAUAAAUUUAGACAAACAAAAUUGAAUUUGUUAAAACUUAUGUGCAAGACCUGAAGAACAAGAUGAUGUUUUAUGGAGAGAGUUAACCAUUCACUCAAGCUGGGCAAUAGUAAUAGUGCUGAACAACGUAACGUGGAACUUUACAUGAUGCAAUGAAAGAAAAAAAAAAUACACCACAAAUCUAACAUGGCCAGGAAUGUUGUAAAAAUCAGUAGGAAGUAAAAUGAAUAAAUAUCAAAGAGCACUAUUUUCAUACAUAGUACAUAAUGUCAAAGUUAGUUUGUAUAUGUCUCGUAUGGUUAGUCCAGAUGACACAAAGGACAAAAUAAUAUGUAAAGGAUAUGGAUGUGGUGGAGAGGGAACUGUAGAUUGACGUCACAAGAGAAGGCAUGCAUAGAAUAAAAAGGUGAAUAAAAGCAUUAUUUAUCUUUCUUGAAAGAAAAGUGCAGGGGCUGGUGUGGUUGAGCACCAGUAGACAGUAUAACUAUAUAAACUGUUGAACCUAAUUAGUUUACAGGAAUGUAAGGUAGUAUUAAAAGGACAUCCUUUUUAUGAAGCUCAUAGUCUGGUGCAUGCGGUCCACUGGCACAGUUAGUUGUGUCGGUGUAGUAAGCCAUAGUAUGGCACUCAGAUUCCAUUUGGGUUAGAAUUUUGAGAUAUUUGGGUAGACUUCUUUACGUUCUGUAAAAUAUGGUAUAUGUAAAAGUCUUGCAUGUGUAAUAAAAAUUAUCAUUUAGGAUGCUGGCAUGCCGACUUUAAUUUUUGAUUCAGAGUUGAACAUAAAGAGACUGUAUUUCUAUAAUACAAAAGGUUUUUAUUCAGUCACUUGUAUAUGUAUGUAUAAUGUUUUGUAUUUAUUUUUGUACUGAAGAAAAUAGACUGUUUUCAUAAAU